AUGUCGGACUCAACUACUCCCCCUGCAACCACAGUAGAAGGAAAUGCUGAGAAUCCGGAGGGUCAGAUUCGUGUAGACCCUACAAUGGCUCAGAUCCUACAAAUACUCCAACAACAAACUGCAGUAAUAGCACAACAACAAAAACCACCUCAGAUAGGAGUGACUUUUAAAUCCUUUCAAGCUGUACACCCUCCAGAAUUCAAAGGAACUGCUGAUCCUAUAGAAGCCAAGGCAUGUCUUAAAGAGAUAGAGAAAGCCUUUGCCUUGGUUAAGGUGGGUGAAGAUCAAAAGACGGAAUUUGCAAGUUAUUUCCUGAAGUCGGAAGCCAAUUAUUGGUGGGAAUCCACGAAAGUUUUAGAAGGUGAGGGUAUAAUCACAUGGCAGAGAUUUACAGAAUUAUUUCUUGAGAAAUAUUUCCCUAGUUACAUGCAAGAUCAAAUGGAGAUCAAGUUUUUGGAAUUAAAGCAAGACAAUAUGAGCGUAGCUGAAUAUGAGACCAAGUUUUCUGAAUUGGCUCGAUUUGUCCCUGAGUACAUUAAUACUGAUGCUAAAAAGGCAAAAAGGUUCCAGCAAGGUCUAAGAUCUUGGAUCCGAUCUAAGAUUGCAGUACUUGAGCUUCAUAGUUAUGCAGCGGUAGUUCAAAAGGCAAUGAUUAUAGAAGGGGAAAGCGAAUUGUCUCAAAAGGAGAGAGACAUGAGAAAAAGGAAGAAUGAGGAAGUGGAAGGAGGUUCAAGCAAGAGGAAUUUUAGAAACAAGUUUAAUAGGAAGUUCGAGGGUCAGGAUAGGGGGAAUCCGAAACCUAAGGAGGGAAAUGCAGGGCACGGGUCUCGAUAUCAACCAUCUCCCCAACAAAGACCAGUAAGGCCUCCAUUACCUGAAUGUGGAACUUGUGGGAAGAAGCAUCCGGGCGUUUGUAAUAAGCCCAAUAUCACCUGUUACAAAUGCAACAAGAAAGGGCAUUAUGCUAAAGAGUGUACCAAUCAGAGGAUAGGAGUUAAUUGUUAUAAGUGUGGGAAGCCGGGCCAUGUUGCUCGGGAAUGUAAGGAGUCUGCUCAAGCUUCAAAUGUUCUUAGGAUUACUGGACCACCAACUCAAGCUCCACCUACUCAGCCCAAAGCCAGAACUUUCAACAUGACUAUGCAAGAUGCCAUACAAGACGCAGAUGUGGUGGCAGGUAUGCUCCCUGUAAAUUCAGUUAAAGCAAAAGUGUUAAUUGAUUCUGGGGCUACCAAAUCUUUUAUUUCUGAAGAGUUUGUGAAUAAAUUGCAAUGUGAAACCCAACCCCUUAAACAACCUUUAGUAAUAGAGGUAGCAAAUCAAGCGAAAGUUUUAGUUGAUCAAGUUUGUCCCCAGUGUGAUAUCGAGAUAGAAAACUGUCACUUGUAUGCUAAUCUAAUACCCUUUAAUGAGGGAUUAAUUGUCGAAAGGGUAGAUAGUAGUUAG